CUCAAUGAAGCUCCUAAUGCGUCUGUUUGGCCUCCAUCGCCCUCCGCUGCGCACCCACUAAUUGCCACAUAGCCGGGAUCGGGGGCACAUGGCGUCGAUGGGGCUCCGGGUCCUGGUGCUGGUGCUGAGCUCGGGGGUGAGCGUCGGAGCUCGGAAGGAUUCGCCCAAGCCGGCCCGGGCGCCCCCGAUCCCUCAUCGGCCCUUCGCGGUGGUCUGGAACGCUCCCACCGAGCCGUGCCGCAUGCGCUUCCAGGUGGAUUUGGACUUGAGCGUCUUCGACAUCGUGGCCAACCUCAACGAGACCCUGAGCGGACCCAAUGUGACCAUCUUCUACCAUAGCCACCUGGGCUAUUAUCCAUACUACUCCAACUCGGGCCUACCGGUCAACGGGGGGCUCCCGCAGAACCAGAGCAUCGCCAAACACCUGAGCAAGGCACGCAACGACAUCGACAAACUGAUCCCCCACAAGGACUUCCGAGGGUUGGGAGUUAUCGAUUGGGAGAACUGGAGACCCCAGUGGGUGCGCAACUGGGGCAGCAAGGACAUCUACCGCAACAAGUCCAAGGAGCAGAUUCGGAAGCUUCACCCCAACUGGCCAGAGAGCAAAGUGGAGAAGGAGGCCAAGGAGAGCUUCGAGAAAGCCGCGCAGGCCUUCAUGAAUCUGACUUUGGCCUUAGCCGGGGGUCGCCGACCGGACGGCUUGUGGGGCUUCUAUUUGUUUCCCGACUGUUACAAUUACGGCUACAAGCAACACCCGCGGCGCUACACCGGCGAAUGCCCCAACGUGGAGCACGUCCGAAACGACCACCUGAUGUGGUUGUGGAAGGAGAGCACGGCCUUGUACCCAUCCAUCUACCUGGACUACGAGCUCAGGUCCUCGGCCAACACCGUCAAGUUUGUCCACUACCGAGUCAAGGAGGCCAUGAGGAUCGCCUCCAUCGCACGCCCAGACGUCACGUUGCCGGUUUUCGUCUACUCCAGACCCUUCUACGCCUACACCUUCGUGGUUCUGUCAGAGAGCGACCUGGUGCACACCAUCGGUGAGAGUGCUUCCCUCGGAGCGUCCGGUGUUGUCCUCUGGGGUUCGUCAGAAUACGCUAGAUCGCAGAGGAACUGUCUGACGGUGAAGAAGUACAUCGACGGCCCUCUCGGCCAUUACGUGGUCAACGUGACGUCGGCCGCCAAGCUGUGCAGCAAAGCGCUGUGCAAGAAAAACGGCCGCUGCGUCCGCAAGAGACUGGAGUCGGGCGCCUACCUGCACCUCAACCCGCGAUUCUUCACCGUCCGCCGUCAGGUGGCGCUGUCGGGCCUCCGCUUCCGCGUCAGCGGCCACCCCGACCACCGGGACAUCCUGGACAUGAAACACAAGUUCACCUGCCAGUGCUACCAGGGCUGGACCGGCAUCCACUGCGAGGUGCCACAGAUGGCGUCGCCCACGCCGCCCGCCCGACGCCCCCUUGCGCCGCCGUCCGACAGUCCGCUGGGGGGCGUCUUGAGCCUCCUCUCGCUUCACUUCUCCUGCCUGUGCGUCAUCACGCUGCUGGGCAUCUGUCUUCUCGUCAAGUGUCUCUUUGUCUAAACAUCCUCCCACACACAAGUCACUUCCUGUUCGCGUAUCCUAAAACGGGAAAGUCCCAAACUAAAAAAAAGUGCUACGGAAUUUCCACUCAGGAUGAUGGGGGAAAAAAUGUAUACAGUAUAUGAUUUCAGCAAGAAAUCUGACAUCACACAAGAACAAAUUACAAACAUUACACAUUUCUAUUAACUCAUCACUUUCAAAUCAGACUUCCUCAUAUUGACAGCCAUUUCCAAGCAUUUUGACUGAUCUUUCAAGACCCAUAGAAAAUUGUUCGGUGGCAAUAUCAGCACCAAAACCUUCCAAAAGAAAGAGUUGACUCAGAAAAGACCAAAUUUGUCUUGUAGUCUUAUCCAGGCAUAAGCUAAGUAGCUGGUAGCAGACAAGAUGUUGCCAGCCAUUGCGGAGGACGCACUUUUCAGCACCGAGAUCUGCUUAAAAAGACCUCGUCUCCCUCAUAAACGACAUUACAAGCCGAGAUUCGGUGGCGAAUCUUUAUCUUGUACUGAAAAGCUGUGCUGAUUUCAAAUCCAAAGCGAUGCAAUGCCGCCAUCUCCUGGUGUCUUCUUUGUCAUUACAGCGGUUUACAAAACUGGAUUUCACAGACGAGCUGCACAAGACCCUCUUCCACGCCAACCCGUUGAAAAACCGACAAAUAUAUUCGGCGUGGCAGUGAACGGUUGGAUUCCCGUUGAUGACUAUAAACGUCCAUGGCAGUGGAUGAGUUACGUAUAUUUUAAAAUAACUUUCAAAAGUCAGCCCUUCUUUUCGAUGUGGUGAAGCAGCAUGCGGCUCAUCAACCAAGAUUAUUUCUGAACGCCUUGUUCUGAGCAACAGUAAACAAGUGUAUGUUUGUAUAAGUGUGACUUCAGAACGCUUGCUUUCGGAUGUCCCUUUCAAGUCAAGCUAAAAUUCAACUUCUGGGCUAUCAGUCACCACGUAAACCAAUGUUUGGUAAGACAUACUGAAAUGUGUACUUGCAGGGAAGGAAAGUGCUGUUAAAAAUCUAAAAAGGUAUUUACUAGUUUCCUGUACAGGCACACGCACUCCGAUGGCGUUAAAGAAGAGGACAUUCGGCCAGUCGUGAGGAUUAAGCUGAUCGACAGCAGGCGGCUAACUCCCAAAAACACGAGAAAGAUGACGUCAGUCAAAGCAAGCGCACAAACUCGAUUUGUUAAUUUUGCAUUUCAAAGCGGCAAACAACUGCAAUUUGAGCCUUAAUGACCGUAAUUCCCUUUCCCUGAAAGCAGUUUUUAGGCUCAACUGUUGUUGUUAGUCAUCAAAUGGUUGGACAAAUGGAGUGUCACGAUUGGUCGGGCCCCAAAAGUUGAGCACAACCGCUCAGAACCUCACCCAGUCACUCAGUGUGUGUGUGUGUGUGUGUGUGUGUGUGUGUCUGUGUGUGUGUUCUCCUCACAAGUAGACCAAGUGACUCGAGGGCUCAGAGUGUUGCGCUUCAAGUGGUUCGCAUCAACAAUCUUGACAUUUUUCUCAUAUUUUCAGCGACUGACUCAGUUUGCCGAGUUACAGGGGUGUCCAAACUUUUCCUUUCAACGGCCACGUACAGAAAAAUCGGAAGGACGCGAGGGCCACUUUGAUUUAUUUAACACACUAUCAUCAAGCCAAUAGUGUUUGUGAAUCAAUUGGACAUUGUUUUAUGUACAGUGGACCAUCGCGUUCUCACGGUUCCGAUUUUUUUCGUUUUUAAAGCAUGGUCACAAAACCAAUUAAACUUGUAUCUCAAGGCACCACGGUCCAAAUGAAACAUUUCAGCAUGUUUUAAAUGGGAACACAAAAAAGGAAACGUACUUGGGUUGUGUUGGAAGAAGCAAAAGUUGCCAUUUUAGCCGCUUGGUGUUUGUCUUCACUUCGGCGUCGUCGUCGUCUUCGCCUUCAUCUUGUCGGCGUGACAACAGGCUGCCUGAACGCCCGCGAGUACACAAACUGAGCACAGAAAUCGGUCUCAGUAGGAUGCAGUAACAAUAAAAUUUGAGUUUAUUUCACGACGAAGCCCGUCGUGAAAUAAACGACGGGCUGGGUGCUAAGGCGUUAUAAUAUACACUGACAACUCAAUAAUUUAGAAAAUGGUGGCAAAGUUCAUUUCUUUCACUACUUAGACAUUGUAUAGUUUUAUUAAACGCUUGGGAAAUACUUUGCAGAGGUCAAAUUCCUGCCUAAUAUCUACGUUGAAAAAUAUUUUCAUUGUUUCUUAGGUAACAUUCUAGUUCCUACAGCUGUUUUUUUCCUUUGCUGUAAAGUACAAUCAUUAAAAUUAAACAUAUAUAUUAAAGAAAUGAUGAAAUAUUUCACUCAGAGUGUGUGUGCAGUGUCUCGGUAUAAUAUUCGUUUCAUUUUUUUGAAUUGGGCUAUGUGACAUAAUUAGGCUUUUGACACUAUUUUAAAGUGGACAUAUUUUACCAAGCCAACUUUUUUUCUUGUCUUUGGGAU